AUGGAGAUGACCGAACAACUUUAUGUGAACAUUCCCUUCACAGAGGUACUCACUCAGAUGCGUGCUUAUGCAAAGUUCUUGAAGGAAAUUCUAUCUAGCACGAGAAGAUUGGAGGAGACAAUGGUAGUCAAGCUGAAUGCCCACUGCAGUGCCAUAUUACAAAAUAAACUUCACCAAAAGUGUGGGGACCCAGGAAACUUCACCAUACCAUGCUCGUUGGGGAGUGAAAAAUUCGACAAGGUCCUUUGUGAUUCCGGUGCAUUUAUAAAUCUAAUGCCUCUGUCUGUAUUCGGGAAACUGAAAUAUGAACUUAGUAUGAUCAAAUCAAUACCAAUGUCCCCACAAGUAGCUGACCAGACCACCAUCCUACCGGAGGGAAUCAUUGAAGAUAUUCUACUGUGGGUGGACAAGUUUAUGUUCCCCGUAGACUUUAUUGUGGUGGAUAUGGAGGUGAAUAAGGAGAUGAAGAGAAUGAUGAAAUACCCCAGUAAUGAGGCAUCCGCUUACUCCUGUUUUAAGCUAGAUGUUAUUGGAGAGUUGGCUGAAAAAUACAAGUUUGACAAGCUUGUAGGGGAUACUCUAGAGAGGUGUAUUACUCAGUCAGGCAUAGUGGAGGAUGAAGAUUUUGAAAUAAAGAAAGAUGUGGAAGCUCUUGAAACUAAAGAUCAAGUGGUUGAUGAGGAGGAACUAAAACAGGAGGCUUCUAAGCCUAAUGUGAAAUCGAAAGUCCUCCCCACUCACUUGAAAUAUGUUUUUCUCAAAACUAACAAUUUUCUUGUGAUUAUUUCUGCUGACUUUCCAGGUACACAGGAGCAAAAACUGGUGGAGCUACAGACAAAGCACAAGAAGGCCAUUGGGUGGAGCAUAGCUGUUAUUCAAGGAAUCAUUCCAGCCAUUUGUAGGUACAAAACUCUGUUGGAAGAAACUAGCAAGCUAGUGGUGCAAGCCCAAUGCAAGUUGAACAAAAAUUUGAAGGAGGUAGUGCAUAAGGAGAUUAUCAAAUUGCUAGAUGCGAGAGUGAUUUUUCCCAUCUCUCAUAGUCAACAGAUUAGUCUGGUGCAAGUUGUACCUAAGAAUAUUAGAAUGACAGUGAUACCCAUUUCCCCAGAAGAUAUAGAGAAGACCAUAUUCACUUGCCCAUCAGGCAUAUUUGCUUACAGGAGGAUGUCGUUUGGGUUGUGUAAUGCACCUGCCAUUUUUCAGAGGUACAUGAUGUCUAUAUUUUCCGAUUUAAACGGGAAGUGUCUAGAAGUAUUCAUGGACGAUUUUACCCUCUUUGGUGGUGACUUAGAUGAUUGCUUGAAAAAUUUGGAGCUUAUGCUUGAACGUUAUGAAGCCACUCACUUGGUUCUUAACUGGGAGAAGUGUCACUUCAUGGUUAAAGAGGGAAUUGUCUUGGGCCACAAAGUAACUGCACAUGGAAUUGAAGUUAAUAGAGCUAAGGUUGAUGUAAUUUCUAGGCUCCCUCCACCAACUUCUGUGAAGAGUGUAAGGAGUUUCUUGGGACAUGUUGGGUUCUAUAGGAGGUUCAUUAAAAACCUUUCCAGCAUUACCAAGCCGUUGACUGCAUUGCUAGCAAAAGAUGUCAAGUUUGUUUUCAAUGUGGAGUGCUUAAGAGCAUUCGAAUUGAUAAAGGAAAAGCUUGUGAGUGCUCCUAUUAUGGUGACACCUGAUUGGAGCCCGCCAUUUGAGAUAAUAUGUAAUGCUAGUGAUAUAGCUGUAGGAACAGCUCUGGAGUUUGACUUGGAGAUCAAAGAUAGGAAGGGCACAGAAAAUCAAGUCGCAAAUCAUCUAUCUCGACUUGAGAAAUCUCCAGUUGAAAUAAUUGAAAUAUGGAAAGAAUUCCUUGAUGAGCAGAUUUUCUCUAUUGUUGCGGUCUCCGAAAGGCCGCCUUGGUAUACUGAUGUAGCCAACUUUUUGGCUAGUGGAUGGUUGCCUGGUGACCUCACUCGUGAUCGAAGACGGAAGCUUCAAAAUGGUGUGAUUCAAAGAUGUGUGUCUAAAGUAGAGAUGACAAGCAUUAUGUCUCAAUUCCAUGAUAGAUCAGCUGGAGGACACUAUGGUGGAAAUUGCAUGACAGCAAAGGUCAUGAAAGCCAAUUUCUAUUGGCCUACUUUGUACAAAGGCGCACGAGUGUAUGUAGCAGCAUGUGAACACAGGUUGGCACAAAUGAAUGAAUUGGAGGAGUUUAGAAUGGAUGCGUAUGAAAAUGCGAGAAUAUUCAAGGAAAAUACAAAAAGGUGGCAUGAUCGUCUUAUUAAGCCAAAGGAGUUUCAGAAAGGGGACAAAGACGAGGAAGGGAAGGAAAGCCUUAAAGCGAAUGAGCACAGGUUGAAACCGUACCUUGUUGGAGGAUUUGACAAAUGUGGUGAUGUUGUGGUUGUGGUGAGUGGUGUAUUUGAUGUGGCUGUGUGUAUUGCAAAUUUAGAAGGGAAAUGCUUUAUGGGAUCUACAUUGUCUCGCCGUCCUAGCAAACGUUCUAACAUAGGUACCUCAGAGUUUGCCUCUAGUAGCCGUCGAGGAGGUAGGAAGGCACCUACUCCCUCCCCAGUGGAGGAGGAAGAGGAGUGCAUUAAUCUCGAUGCAGAUGUAGUACCAGGCUGCAAGUACGACAUUUGUGUUGUGCUAGCUCAUGCUAGGAUGUGGUACCAGACCUUUGUUCUGGCGGUGAGUCCCGACCAGGAAGUUGGAAUUGAUGAUGGUAAUCUAUCUAGGAAAUACUCGGGGAUUUACAGCAACAUCAGAUUCCUGGGCAUUGAGAGCUUGUUCCAUCCCAGUGAAUUAUUGAACGUAAAUAUGGUCAAGGAAUUCUACGCCAACUGGCAACCUAAGGCCAGUUUAGAUGUUGUGUAUGAAGCAUAG